AUGGCCAAAUACGCAUGGUACACAAGAUUGAGUGAUACGCUACAUCGUUUGACAGUUCUAACCCUGGUUGGUGGUUCUCUAUAUAUGAGUGGUGGUUUAGUGUAUACUCUUUACAUGAAUGGCAGAAGGUACGAAGAUAAAGUGACGACUCCACCUCAAAAGCAAAUUGAAGGUUCCGCAUCAAAUGAUGGCGAGAGCAAGUCAACCACUCCUGCUAACUAA